AUGGCACAGUUUCCCAUGGGAGACAUACAGCGUAUCCAGGGCAAACGAGAGCAAAGUCUCAAGAAUUUGAAAGAGGCCCUCAAGAUACGACUCUUGGUUGUCCCAUGUGACAGCAUAUGGGCCCUAGACAUCCGUAUUUCGCUUUUGGUGGCUUACCGGGACUUCGGAAUGCUCUCGGAGGCUCAAAAGACGGUUGAGCAACUCGAACAAGAGGGUGCUCUGCAGAACAGCUUCGACAGGCACUGUCAAGUCUUCCAUCUCAAAGCUUUGCUGCUGGCAGAUCGUGGCUAUAUAUCAAAAGCCAUUCUUCAGUUGGAACAGUUGUUCUACGGAACCGAACGGCAGAACUUCACGCGGUCUUUCCUGUGGGUUAUUCUUGAUCUUGCCACGCUGUUACGAGGCCGUAACCCACGAGAGGGAGGAAAGAUUGCGGAAGUGUUGUUCGAUCAUAUCCUUGUUGAUCAAGCACCAAACAAGAAAUUGGAGGAAUCCCAGUUGAGCGCGCAGAAUGUGCUCAAAAUUCCAGAAGUAGACGAGGAUCUAGCUUUGUAUACCGAUGCUGAGGAAGGGACAGAAAGUGUCACGGUCUUUGAUGAUCUAGAUCCAGAUCCACCUCGACUAUUGCAGCUCGCGGAAAAGGCACUGACCCUGACCAGACAGCGCCAAAGUGAAGCUGUCGACCAGCUUCUGCAAAAGGAGCAUGUAGCCUGGUAUCGACCUCAGGACCUCUGGGUCAAGUUCGGUGGGCCGCCAUCCGAUACAUCUCUGAUGAAAGCGCCUAUCGCGAAGUAG